GUUCAAAAUGCUUUUUUUACUCUUAAUUUUAAUUUACAUAAUUUCCAAAACUGAGUAUUAAGAUGUCAACAAUUUGAAAACAUCUUAGAAUAAUCAACAAAACAAAAAAGGAGUAAAUUCUCAAUCACAAGGAAUGGGCUCUCACUUAUUAAUAAGUACAUCCAAUACAGAAGUCGACAGCAGAACAACACUUAAAAACCACUGCAUCCAAAUCACACACUUUUAAUCAUAAAAUGAACCAAAGGAACUUAAUUGUAGUUCAAAGUCCAGAACAAGAUUCCUAUCAUUUCUGGAAGGCAUGCACUAAGUUAAAACCUUUAUUUUUCAGGGAUGAUAUUUUUUCCCUUAAAGAUUUUAAAACUUUAUCAAUGUACCUGAUAAAUUACAAUUUACAGUUUUAUUUGUAGGUCAUUAGAUUUAUAUUACACUAGAACAUGAGAUUCCUUGAAUCAAUAAUAUUGUUCUUAAUAUCAUCAUGUUCUCAACAUAGAUGUACCAGGUGCAUAAAGUUUUACUUGACGAUCCAUUACUUUAAAGUGAAACAAACUUGACACAUUCCAUUGUUCACUUGAAGCAUCAUUAUUCUGCUUGUCUUUCACCUCCAUAACACCUGUCACAUCACUACUGUGCCCAGUUUUCAGAACAGAAAUAUUUACAAUUGUAUCUGCUACAUGUGCAACAUUAUUAGCUAAAAGAUUUGAAUCAUCUUCAGUAAUAACAUGAGUUAAAACAACCAAAGACACGCCAGAAAAUGUGGUUAACAAAGUUCGACAAUAUUGGAGAAGAGAUAAAACAUCCCUUAAUGAUACUCCCAUGUCUAAAAAAUGGCUUGCAUCAUCAAUGAUCACACAGACAGUAGGAUGAGUAACGAGCAGUUUUCUAACUUUAUCUCGAAUUAUAGAAAACAGUUGUUGCACUGAUAUUUUAUUGUGUUCAUCCCAUAAGUCAUGUGGACACUCGUCUUCACAAUACAUGUGUUCACGGAGUUCACUGAUUAAUUCUACUGUUUCCACUUGCGCAUUUUGUUCUUUCAGUUCACAAAGGUUAAGCGCACUCAUUUUUGUCAGUACAUGGUGAUAGUGUCCAAGAGUAUUAUGCAAAGAAAUUAGGCAAAUUCCAUGGCUUCUUUUUAAAGAGUCUACCAUUAAACUCGCUAUUACGAAGUUAGCGUUGCUCCCGUGAAAUUCAUUCACAGACAGAAAACGCCCGACUAACCCCUCUCUGUCAAUUCCAAGAGCGGCGCUGAGCGGAGUACCCAUUUCGUAACACACACUAGAGAAAUUCGACUGCACUGACUGGAGUAUUUCAAACAAAUGUAAUACAGAUAGAUAAAGAGUAAUCACAGUUACGUGCUGCUCACACACGUGUUCCUAAAGCGACACAGCAUCACGGGCACGUUAGACACGUUCAAGGCACGCUGUCGCCCCUAGCAAACACUCCCUUCAUUUCAGGUACGGCUCAAAGGAAUGCAUCAAAUUUCCUUCAAAGAAUUUCAGUUAUAAAAACUUAAUAUCUUUUGUAGUUGUCAUCGAAAUAGUUAAUCUUUUGACAAUGUUUUCGCCACUCUAUUCCUACACUACGUAAAGUAAUACGUGCGAUGAAUGUAGCAGGUGUGCUACACCCACGCUAAUUCAACAGUGCUACCAACAAAAUGGAAAUUUGCAAAGGGCAUGGUGAUCAUUCCUUAAAUAACAAAGCAUUAAUUACUCUCCACAACGGGAUUUAGUCUUCCUAUCAAUCCACACAACGGAAAAUAUUUCACAAUAGGAGGAAAACAGUAAUGGAGGAAAAACAGGUGAAACUUAUUCCACGUUGGUGGAUGGGUGGAAUAGCAUCAGCAGGUGCUUGCUGUUUCACACAGUGUUUGGACACUGUGAAGGUACAUCAACAAACACAACAAGAAAUAAAACUGUCCAUGAUUCAAAUUACCAAAAAAAUCAUCAAGGAGGAAGGAAUAAUGCAUCUAAACAAUGGCCUUUCUGCAGCUAUAAUGAGGCAACUAACAUAUUCCACUUUUCGAUUUGCAUUCUACGAGGGUGUAAAACAGCAUGUUGUUCCUACUGGAGAGGGAAUGCCUUUUUAUCAAAAAGUUUGUAUAGCAGCCGUGGGAGGAACUAUUGGUGGUUUCAUUGGAACUCCAGCAGAUGUAAUUAACGUUCGUAUGCAAAAUGAUUCCAAGCAGCCAAAAAAUUUGCGGAGAAACUACAAGCACGUCUUUGAUGGACUCUGGCGUAUCUACAAAGAAGAAGGGUUUAGAAACUUAUUUGCUGGGGCAUCCUCUGCCACAGCCCGAUCUUUAUUUAUGACAGUUGGUCAAUUAUCCUUCUAUGAUCAAACAAAAACAUACUUGCUGAAAUGGAAUUUUAAAGAUAAUCUUCCUACUCACUUCUUGGCCAGUCUAAUAGCGGGAGGUGUUGCUACUACCCUUACCCAGCCCAUAGAUGUGAUAAAAACAAGAACAAUGAAUGCUCAACCAGGAGAAUUUAAAAAUAUGUGGCAUGUCAUAAAAUAUACAGCAAAGCUGGGACCUGAAGGCUUUUUUAAGGGCUAUGUCCUUAGAUUUAUUCGUCUGGCUCCUCACACAAUCUUGACAUUUGUAUUUUUUGAACAAUUACGACUAAAUUUUGGGAUUGUUGUGAGUUGAGAAACCUUUCUUCUAAUGAAGAAAUAGUAGAAGACUAAAUAAUGUAUAUUCUUUGAAUACUGAAACUGCCUCUAUAAAAUUUAAUGUAACAUUACAAAAGCACAGAAAUAUUAUUAGACAUUCAAGAGCAGUCAUUACUAAAAAGUAAUCAGAUGUUCAUUCUUACUGUAUAUUUUAUGAAAAUAUUUUUAAAAGAUGUUAUUUCCAUCAUGUGAUGUCUUAAGUGGACUUUAUGUAAACAAUAAAAAGGAAAGUUAAUUCAUUGAAACAAAUUUUGUCAAUAUCGUAAUCAUGAACUUGCAGGCACUUAGGAACAUCUGAACUCGCAUCAAGUUUGUGGCAGUCAGGAUUACUCCUUUAGGUAUUCCUGCCUCUCCCAUCCCAAGAUUUCUUCUUAAUAGUGUGCAUUUUAAAAUUAAUUCAGGGCUCUUUGGCAAACAGUGUUGAUAUCUCA